AUGGUAGUAGAUGUCAAACAGAAUCUAGCACAAGCAUUUGGAAAAUUCGAGGCACAAGUCAAUUUUGAUGAAAGUAGUGGCAAAUCUAUCAUGGACUUUUGGCACAGUCUUUGCACUUCUACAAGGCCUAUCUUCGGUCCAGUCUCCACUAUGGGUACACAACUAAAUAAUCCUUCCCAAUUAGAGUUGGAAUCUGCCCAUUCAAAUUGGAGUACCAACUCGAAUCAUAACAACAACAAUCACAUCACUCAACAUAAUGAUCAUUCUUCAGUUCAUAGUGAUGCAAGAGUUCCUAGUGUUAAUGGAUGUAACUAUCACAUGGAGGAGAAUACCAUGGGAAACAAUGAAUAUCGUUGAAAGAACAUGACAAUGAUCCAUGAGAAUGGGAUGAUGAUGUCCUCAAUGAGACUUUCAGUGUGGAAGACUUCUAAAUAUUUAGAUUGAUC